AUGGCGGCCAAGGCCUUCAAAGUGCGGACGGGGCCCGGAGGGCGCAAAUACGGGCUGGCGGCCAGGAGCCUCCCGGAGCUGCUGCGCAAGGCCUGCCGGCUGGAGCCUCCCUCGGUGGCGGGCUGCCGGCUCGGCCGCUACGAGGAUGGCGUCGAAGUCAGCGAGGAGGCUUUCCGCGCCCUGCCCGAGGACGCCGAGCUGAUCCUGCUGCGCCCUGGGGAGGAGUGGAGCGGAUACGUCGGCGAGAUCGAGCGCUUCCUGAGCACUUUUUCCAGCUGCUCCUCCGGCGUCGUCCGCGCAGCUCAGGGGCUCCUGUCGGGCGAGGAGGCUCCUAAGCGGUGCAGGUUGCUGGCUGACCUGAUUCAAAACCUCAACGAAAACAUUUCUGCAGAAAGCAGGAAGGAAGACGAGACGUGGUUUGAAGGGGUUGAAUCUCGGUUUAAGACCAAGUCCAGUUACAUGCGCCAUAGUUGUGAGAGCAGAAUCCGUGGAUACAUGAAAGAGGUUGGGGCUUACAUUUCCGCUGUCCCUCCCGCCCUCCAAAGGAAAUUCAGCGGGAUCGCUGAAGCCAUGCUGGAGAAGCUGAAGUUGGAAAAAUAUAAUGGCUUUUAUUUCGACCGGAAGGAAGAGACCAAGUGCCGUCUCUGCACACCGGAAGGCUGGUUCCCUUGCCAAGGCCCCUUUGACACCGAAGACUGCUCCCGGAGACACUCCAUCAACCCUUACGGGAACAAAGAAAGCCGAAUCCUGUUCAGCACCUGGAACCUCGACCACAUAAUUGAGAAGAAACGGGUGAUCCUUCCCACCUUAGCGGAGGCCGUGAAAGGCUGCGACGGGAAGGAAGUUGACUGGGAAUAUUUUUACCGGCUCUUGUUCACCACGGAUAAUUUGAAACUGGUGCACAUUGUGUGCCACAAGAAAACGGUCCACAACCUCGGCUGCGACCGAAGAAAAAUCUACCGUAAACGAAAGACCGGCUGGAAGAACAGGCUUCCUUGCAGCCACACCCCAAGCACCCGGGUUCAAAUGUCAAAAACGAAACGAAAAACUGACACCAAACUUUCCAAAAAUAGGACAAUGAAAAAAAACACCCUAUAGCCAGCAAGGGGUCUGCUUAACGGCUGUGCCGUUUGCUUAAUGACUGCUGUAAAAGAGGUUGUAAAGUCAGGUGGACUCACAAGAUGACCUGCUUUAUGACCGUCACUGUGAACAAAAUUGCAGGGAAUUAUCUGUCUAGAAAUUUUGCGUGGCCAGGGAGCCACUUUUGUUAUU